UUGAAGAAGCCGCACCCAGACGAGAAAACAUAAUUGAAUAUCUAUUAUCACCUCGGCAGGAAAUGUAUCGUCUUGCCGGUGGUUCGAUAUGAUCACUUGAGACGCACUGAUGAUGAUUCUCCUUGCCGCUUCGAGGGGCCCUUCUCAAAAUAAUUUCUCAAAAUAGGAAAAUGGUCGUAACAGAGCCGGCAGCGGAUGGCGAUGGUGAAGGUGGGACUUCCUGUGAAGCCACUCGGACGCAGCGGCGAGCAGAGCGCACUCGUAAGCGCGUGCCAGCUGCAUUUGACGCCGCUGCUGACGCGGGUCUAUCGCAAAGAUUUCUUGUUUUGCAGCGACUUGGUCCGACGACUUUCCUGCUGCAGGAGGCCGAGAACAUCGUAAUAGGAGGUGGGGGUAGUGCCACUAGCGUUAGCGGAGAAGGAGAUGAUAGUGGAGAUAUCGCAGGAGAGGACGACGAAGAAGGUCGUGUGGUUUGGGACAGUCGCGCAGCAUCGAAUUCGGGGGAAAUCUUCGAUCCGCGAUGUUUUCCUUGCGCUGACGGCACCAGUGGCUGCACUGUCGAGACUGGUGCAUCGCAGAUUUCUAACACGACCAAGAAAAGUGCAAGCUCUUCUAAAGGGGACGAGCGAGGCCAACAGCGUCGCAGCAAAGCUGGUUCCACGAAGAAAUUCAAGGUUUCGCUCGGUUCGCCUUUUCACCAUUGCUCUUGUAACACUGGAGAAUCAACAACCACAAUAGAGAAGGAUAGCACGAGAUGGUGUGUGCACAUCUGCUUCGUUUUGCUAAAAGUCCUGCGGGUCGAGCGGGAUUUUCCUGUGGUUCAUCGUGGCCGCAUCACGGAAGCCGACCUGGAUCAAUUGCUGACUUAUCGAGAACGCCUAAAAGAGAGGCAGUGGGCAGCCGAGCAGCGCGCAAAACGGCGCGAGGAAGCAGCGGCGCGGCUUCAUGCACGAGGUGGCGGCGAUAGAGAUGGCGUAUGGCUAUACCAGAUAAUGAGCAGUAACGUGCUGUCACAGAUUAACUGAUUUCAGAAAGUCGGUCGCGUAGUUUGCAAAAGAGGGGGUCGUGGGACGGUUGUUCCACGACUACAAAAGUAUAGAGACUGGGCGUUUUGCGUAGUUCCUUCUAAACUUUGCCGGAGGAGGAGACGGCAACUUAGCAGGUGGCAAACACGGCAGCUCCAAAUAUCGGCCACCGGCAGAAGACGAGCAAUGCCCCAUCUGUUUCGAUGAUUUACUUGGCGACGGCGACUCGCGGUCGAAUCCUUAUGCUUUGAUAUACUGCGAAGAGGGGUGCAAACGAGCUAUCCACACGUCGUGCAUGCUGAAGUGGUGCGAACAUCAUAGCUCUUCCGGUGCAACGUGUCCUUUGUGUCGCGUGCCGUGGUCAGGGGAGCAGGUUCAAACACUGCAAAAACGACAGCUGAAAAACGUGCGCGCACAACGCAAGGACGCUCAUACGGGAUUAUCAUGCAGGUUUUGUCGUGUACGCCCAAUACGAGGUCCCAUGUACGCUUGCUUGAACAGCAACGGUCUUCCUUCUGCUGGUGGAACGAAUCCUCGCAAGCUUACAGAGGUCGAUGCUAUCCAACUACGUGGAGCACCAGCCUCUUCAUCGUCGGGACUAGCUUCGCGUCCAUUGCGCCAUGGGGCCCUCGGGAUCCUGGCGAACCAGGGACCGCGACCGUCGAAUAACGGCCCGUCCUCAAACAAGACUAGCGAUGUUCUACUAGACUCGGCGUUUAUUCUCGUGACUUACUGCGAAGAAUGUUUCUACAAUCCGGCAGCUCGAGUCUACAGUUCUCACGCAGAUGGUAGCGUCGUUGCGCGACUCUUUGUGCGGAAGCAGGCAGCGGACAGCGCAGAACUGGAGUUUGUGCCGAAUCCUUCGCAGGUUCCAACAGACCCUGCUAGGGUUAUGCAGGAACAACAGUUUCACUUCGAAUUUGGCUCUCGGGGUUAUGCCGCAAGUGUUCGAGAGCAACAGGCGGCGCUGGCUAAUGUUUUGUCUUCGAACACAGCCUACCAAGAUGUGAACGAUUUACCGUUGAGCGUACUGCUUUCGCUCGGAAGCGAUGUUGCUCAAGAACUAGGAGGCUUUCGGCCCUUGAACCCUGGACCAACUAGCAGCGGUACUAUAAGUGACGGCUUGGUUCCUGGGAAUGGCAUUGGUGGUGAUUCCACUAGCAGCAAUAGCUCCGCUUUGGCGGAGUUCGGCACAAAAGUUGAUACGGUCCAUGAAGCUAUUGCAGCUGUACUUCAAGUUAUGUGCUCGGCUGCGGAUCAGCGAGAGCAGACUAGACUCAAGGCUCGCAGCGGAAUGCAAAUCCAAGGCAACAAGGCAGCUAUUGGCAGAAACGGGGCCAUUGGUUCUCAGACAACAGAGGCGUGCGAGAAGCUUUGCGUGGUUUGUAAUGCGCCAGGUAAUUUGGAAGAUUCUUCCCACGCAGAGACCUCUUCCUCGUCUACAAAAGCGUCGUCUGCGUCAUUGCUUCGACUUUUCUGUGGACAUGCGUGCCACGCAGCUUGUUUGCGAGCAUGCUCGUCGUACAAAUGUCCUGCUUGUGGUACUUACCUUUUGCCAGCGUUGCAAGUUUUGAUGGACGGAAAGAAAUCAAAACCUGAUCCCGGGAUCGCUGGUGCCCUGGAUAAUGGAUUAGCAGAUGGAUCUUCAGCUCCGUGUGAUGCGCUCGGAGGCUUAGUCGCAAUCGGCACGUCCGCAGGCAAUGCAGCACCGUCGCAUGAACAAGUCAGAAACGCCUUAUUGCCUCACCAGCCUUUCAUAUCGGACCGAAGAAGUGGGCAACCAGCUACUGCAUUAGAAGACAGCUUGAGUGCAACUGGAAUCAGCGUGGGCGUAAGAAAUGAAUGUGCCAGAAACGAUGCUAUGCCUAACCAAUCCAGUGUCGGCGCAUCUAGACCUCCCGUCGCGAGGAGGACUCGCGAGGAGAAUCACCGGGUUCGGAGACUGGCGUCCCAAGAUGCACCAAGUAGGAGCAGAGCAACGACAAACACUGAAGAUUCAACUACAGUGGCGCCUUUGCCUGACUUCAGCACUGUGUCUGUGAGCGGUUCGAAUUUCAGUGGGUUGCAUACUGAGCCGGAGCCUAUGGAUUUGUAUCCAUCCUUGCCGGAUGAGAAGGUCGUCAUGUCCUGUCACAGUAGCAAGUCGAAGAUAGCUGCAACUGGGACUAGGCGCUCUUCGUUUUCUGCGAAUACAAAUCGUCGAAAAUCAUCUUUUCCAGCAAUUUCAUCUGGUACUAUCGCGAAGCCACCCAGUGACGACAUGUCUGGUGACCUCAGUGUCGGUGGCAUGCGACUGGACACCGAAGACGCGGAGCUGGGAUGCAACACUAGCGCUGAAAAUGUCGAAAUUAUGGGAUCGAAAUUUGGUUCUAAGCGUGUCCCACGGAGGAUACGAGGGUCAAGCAGUGUCAAUACUGAAACACAGAGGGAUCCCUUGCCCGCGGCACCUUCUACGAUAUCCUCAUCAUCUAUUUCCAACCGUACUACAGCUGGCGACAACUCCUUGACUGUGUCCUCCGUCGGCAUGACUGGGUUAUGUUCGUCUUCGAAAACACCUUCCAGCACGGGUGCAGCGGCCAACCCACGAGGAGAAAAGAGAUUGGCUCCGUCUCGACUGCGCACAAGACCGCGUGUAGGGACAUCUGAAACAGCUAUGCUGGACAAAGACCACUUGGCGAGUCUUGCGUUAAUUGGCGGACCAGUGUUCAAUGGCCCGUGAUAAGUGAGCGUCCUUUUUGCUCGCGGAUUUGGUGGAGUGGAUGCAGACACUCAAAGACGUUAACAGCUUUUCACCGCGUUUGAUCGCAGGGCGACUACAACGCGUAAGGGCGUGUACGCUGCAGAACCGGCUGCCUGCCAACUGGUAAGGCCAAACGAUACGAAACGGCGUGUGCCAGCAGCCGCCAUCCUAUGCACACGAGCAUGGAUCGUUUCUUGCUUGAAACAAAACGCCUUCUAGACGGCCAUCGAGCACCACAGCGGUGCGAUAGUGCAAAUAUGGCUACGACUCAUCUUUUGCAGACACGACCGCGCAACAGAGGCGAAAACCGAAAUAUGGUCCGAAUAGCAGCUGCUUCGCCACGUGAGUCUGCGAUGAGCGCGCGCCUUCUGAAGCGCGAGCUUCGCCCCGGCGCGUUUUCUGACUUCCCAGGCUCAAGUUUUCGAUGCUCGUAGACUUUAUAAUUGAAUUUUCUGGCCCACGACCGUCGUCGAACAGGUCGACAAGAAAGAGAUGAAUCAGCGUGAUAACAGAUGAUGCACAGUAGAACAUGUUUUUGUCGCCAAGCGAUAGGUUACAAGAUUGGCAGUGGUUGAGAUGAGACUAUUCCACUUACACGGCACAAUACCAUUCUAGGCGAUCACGACUGUCCGUUGACGAACAUGCGAGUGCGAUAGAGUGAAAAAAAAUGCGUUGCACCAAAAAA